AUGGCAACUGGGAACGGCUCAAGAAGCGACGUAGUUCUGGAAGUGAACGACCUCCGAACAUACUUCGUAACACGCUGGGGCUUGGUGAAAGCGGUGGAUGGCGUUAGCUUCCAGCUGCGACGCAACGAGACGCUCGGCAUCGUGGGCGAGUCCGGCUCCGGCAAGUCGGUAACCGCGCUCUCCAUUAUGCGACUGGUACCCUCACCUCCGGGACAUAUUGUCGGAGGCUCGGUGCAUCUGAGUGGCGAGGACAUUCUCCAACUUGAUGAGAAGGAGAUGGAAAAGGUUCGUGGUGACCGUGUCGCUAUGGUGCUGCAGGACCCGAUGACCGCGCUCAACCCUGUGUUCGACAUUGACGACCAGGUGGGCGAGGCGCUCAAGAUUCACCGGAACAUGAAGGGCAAUGCCCUGCGCGAACAGGUCAUCGACAUGCUCCGCAAGGUGCGCAUCCCUGCUCCUGAAGUCCGCAUCCGCGACUAUCCUCAUCAGCUUAGCGGCGGCAUGCGCCAGCGCGUCGUCGGCGCCAUCGGCAUCUCCUGCGACCCCGAGGUCCUCAUCGCGGACGAGCCUACCACUUCGCUUGACGUUACCAUUCAGGCGCAGUACCUUCGCCUCCUUAAGGACCUUCAGGCAGAAACCGGCGUUGGCAUUAUGUUCAUCACGCACGACUUCGGCAUCGUCGCCAAGAUGUGCGACAGGGUUGCCGUUAUGUACGCGGGCCGCAUCGUCGAGCACGCCGACGUGCGCACCAUCUUCAACAACCCCAAGCACGAGUACACGAAGGCGCUCAUCAACUCCGUGCCGAAGCUCGAAGAGAAGACUGGCAGGCUGGCUCAGAUCGAUGGACAGCCGCCGCUGCUCUACAACCUUCCCACUGGCGACGCCUUCGCCGAGCGCACACCGCUCCCCACUCUUGAGAAGGACUUCGAGAUUCGUCCCGAACUGGUCGAGAUUGAGCCUGACCACUGGGUGCAGCUCUCUCACUCAUCAGUGGCAGAGUUCGACAAUUAUAAGCACCUCGUUCCUUACGGCGCGGAAUACUAA